UGAAUUUAGUCCAGUCUGAGUUAACGUCCUCACCCAGGCUUCAGGAACCGGCAGCUACAGAGGGAAUUAGCAGCACAUGUGAGACUGUCUGCGUGGUGAAGGGAGUGGAAAAGACUCCACGUCAAAUCUCUAAAAAUCCAGGAUGUGAGAGAGAAGACCCCAUGACCUGUGGAGGCCAGAGGCAGCCAGUGCAUUGCAAAGAGGAUCAGACAAGGUGAAGUUCCAUCACUGUGGGAAAAUUCUGGCUGCUUCAUCUCUACAUCUAGAUCCAAUAUUGGAGCUUUAGGAAAAGCCAUGGCCUCAAUCCAAGUCACCAAGAAGAUGAGGGAGGAAGCCACCUGCUCCAUUUGUCUGCACCUGAUGACUGAGCCAAUGAGCAUCAGCUGUGGGCACAGCUACUGCCACUUGUGCAUAGGGAGCUUCUUUGAGAAUAUCUACCAGAUGCAGCCAUUGCUGGGGACGUUCUCCUGCCCCCAGUGUCGGGCACCAUUUAAAAUGGCAAGCCUCCGACCCAACAAGCAGCUGGGAAACCUCAUUGAAGCCAUCAAAGAGAUGGACCAGGAAAUGUCAUGUGAGGAACAUGGAGAGACGCUCCAUCUGUUCUGUGAAGAUGAGGGCCAGCUCAUCUGCUGGCGCUGUGAUCGCGGACCACAGCACAAAGAGCACACCACAGCUCUGGUGGAAGAUGCAUGCCAAGGUUACAAGGUAAAGCUCCAGGAAGCUGUGACAAAAUUGAGGCAACUGGACGAGGAAUGUAUGAACCUGAGGGUGUUCACGGCAAAGCAAAUAAACGAAUGGAAUGAGAAGAUAGAGGUUCAGAAACAAAAAAUCCAUUCUGACUUUAAGAAUCUCCAGAGAUUCCUUCAAGAGGAAGAGAAGUCAUAUGUAUGGAAACUGGAAAAAGAAAAAGAGCAGACUCUGAGGAGACUGAGGGACAAUGAAGCCAAUCUUGAACAGAAGAGCCGUGAACUCGAGAGCCACAUCCUGGAACUAGAGAAUAAAUGUCAGGGCUCAGCUCAAAAUUUGCUGCAGGAUGUGAAAAAUACUUUGAGCAGGAGUUGGGCUGUGAAGCUAGAACAACCAGAGGCCCUCUCUUUGGACCUUCGUACAGUGUGCAAUGUUUCUGAGCUUUACUUUGACGUGAAGAAAAUGUUAAGGAGCUAUCAAGUCAGUGUGACUCUGGAUCCAGAUACAGCUUAUCACGAACUAAUUCUGUCUGAGGAUCGGAGACAAGUGACUCGUGGAUGCCCCCAGGAGAAUCUCAAUCCUUCUUCUAGGAGAUUUAGUGCCUUACCCUGUAUCCUGGGCUGUGAAGGCUUCACCUCAGGAAAACACUACUUUGAAGUGGAUGUGGGAGAAGGAACUGGGUGGGAUUUAGGAGUUUGUUUGGAAAAUGUGCCGAGGGAUACUGUCAUGGUACAGACACCUCAGUCUGGGUUCUGGGCCAUCAGACUGUGCAAAAAGAAAGGCUAUGUGGCACUUACCUUUCCACUAACUUCCCUUCAACUGAAGGAGAAGCCCCUGGUUGUGGGGAUUUUUCUGGACUUUGAGGCUGGAGUUGUAUCCUUUUACAACAUGACCACUGGCUCCCACAUCUUCACCUUCCCGAAGGCCUCCUUCUCUGACACUCUCCGGCCCUAUUUCCAGGUCUAUCAAUAUUCUCCUUUGUUCCUGCCUCCACCAGAUGUGUAAGGGAAGGAGCAAAGUCUCCUCCUUGGUUUAACUAGCAUAGAGAGUAUAAUCUAAAUCCCAUGAGGACAGAAAUGGUGUCUCUUCUUUGCUGCUACUUUCCUGUACCUAAAACAAUAUUGGGUUUUUAGUGCAUACUUAAUAAAUGUGCAUUGAAUAAA